CUUCCCGCAGGUCCUAUCUAUUUAUUCACACGCGCGUGCGCGAUCCAGCGGGAAAUCAGAGGCGGUGUCGCAGGUCGCAACUGAUAGACAGACGCAGAGGCGAAGCGAAAGACAGCGACUCGAGAGGCUUCGGAGGCCAGGGUCGCAGUCGCAGCGGCGACGAAGCAAAGAUGUCGUAUUCGAGGUACAGGAGUCGUUCAAGGAGUGUGGACUCGAGUGAUGUUGAGAACCCUGGGAACAAUCUCUUCGUGACUGGUUUAUCAUCUCGUCUAACUGAUCAAGAUCUGGAGAAGCAUUUCUCUACAGAGGGAGAGGUGAUUGAUGCAAGUAUAGUACUUGAUCCAUGGACAAGGGAAUCACGUGGAUUUGGGUUUGUCACCAUGGCUACUCUUAAGGAGGCAGAACGCUGCAUCAAAUAUCUCGACCGUUCAGUGCUGGAAGGUCGUGUCAUUACUGUUGAGAAGGCAAAGCGAAGACGAGGUCGAACCCCAACACCGGGAAGGUAUCUGGGCGCCAAAUCAUCGCGUGGAAGGAGGUAUUCCCGAAGCAGGUCACCUGUUAGGAGAGACCGUUACAGCUCACGCUACUCGCCUGAGCGAGAACGCUCUUAUUCUCCUUAUCGCAGAGGACGAUCAUACUCUCGUCGUGACAGGCGUAGAUCAUACUCCCGAAGGAGAUCAUACACUCCUUCCGACAGGUCGGAGUCUCCCUACGACAGGCGAAGGUCCUACUCACCGUACGACAGGCGCAUAUCUUACUCACCCCACCAUGGUCACCGCCACCGUUCAAGAUCUCCAUACCGUUACAGUAGGCGGAGGUCGCGCUCCCACGACCGUUCUGUUUCAGCAUACUACAGCAGGCGCUAUUCUCCAAGGAGCAGAAGACGGAGCUACUCUCGCAGCAUAUCGCCACGCAGGAGCUACUCCCGCAGCUGCUCCCCGGCGUCAGAAGAAUCAAGGAGCUGUUCUCCGCGGAAAGGACGCGCCGGAAGCAAGGCAUCGCGCAGCAGGUCACCUGGGAAGAGGCGUUCCAGAGAAAGCUAUGCUCACAGCCGCAGUUCAUGCUCGAGGUCCGUCUCCAGGGAGCGCUCAACCUCAGCAAGCACCUGAUGUUUUACGAAGCGCCAGGCCACCGUAUUUCCGUUGUGAUGUUGGAAUUUUAGUUACUUUGCAUGUUUGUAGACGGUGUGGAUGGUAUGAUCGUGCACCUAGUGAAGCAGCUGUAUUUCGUCAUGGUUCUGGACUUGCAUGCCAUAUGUAUGCUAUAUGCUGUACUGGAUACUUCUGUGUCUGUUUUCAGUCUGGUUGGCAGUUUACAUCAUGGAUUUGGCUAA